UGCAGAUCCCCUCGCGAGUCUGGAACUAACUAGCUUACCACCGCACCCGCGGUACUCAACCUGCCCGCGCUCUCUCGUGAAAUCCAAUUUCGGCUGCGUGGGACGACCGGUCAACCUAGUAGUCUAGCUCGACACUUGCCUUGUUCCUCCUCACAGGGUCGUUUUCUUAUUUCUUCUCUCUGGACUCAUCCGCACAGGAUAUCUCUUGAGCCAGCGUCGGACCACCCGCUCGUCUCUCUAUCGGCUCUAUAGCAGCCGUCGCUGGACCGUCUUUGCCCGAUUGUUUGUCUUGGGCAGGACAACGCGAUAUCUGACCAGCCGGCCUACUGAUAUCGGGUGUUUGAAAGGUCACUUGAUAUCUCCUGCUCCUACCCGCGCCGUACUGGGCCGUGAGCGCGCUGAUAGGUCGAAGGGGGCUACCCGCAGAUGAUGAAAGCUGUCUAAAGACAACGUAGAGACGGCUCUUUGCGUAUCUGCGCGGUCUGGGUGCGAAACAAAUUUGUCAAACAAACACGGCCGAGAAGCUCUCCCCCCUCCCCCUGUUGCAUGGCGUUGGAACUCAUCCUGUGUUGAAUCCCCCCUUUCCUCCCCUCCCAGAGCCUCUGUUUGCUCCGUGCCGCACAGUCAGGCGGAUUAUCCGAACCCCCUCCUCGCGGCUCGAGAGGAAGAAUGGGAAUAUCUAGACUACGAGGAAGCUCGCCAGUCUACUUGAACCCGUCUCCUAGAGAGCUGUCACCACCGUCGUCGAUCUUGGGGGAUUGGGACCAAGCAACUGCAAUGGACACGUCACGCCCAACAAGCCUAGCAGCCAUACCGCGGACUAGUUCGCCCUUCGCGAACCCACCGACCCUGUCAGAGAUCCUCGCCAACACGGCGCCACCGCCCUGGACGCUCAGCUCCUUCAUGGCCUUUCUGUCGCAGAACCACUGCUUGGAAACGCUGGAGUUCAUCCUGGAUGCCGAGCGGUAUGGGGCGACGUAUUAUCAGAUCGCACACGGACGAUUGUCCGACGGCCCCGAGCAUAUAUGCUCGCUAUGGCGCAAGGUCAUCGAUGCCUAUAUUAUGCCGUGCGCGCCCCGGGAGGUCAAUCUUCCCGCUCACGUACGCGACCGCCUACUUCAACUUUCCUGCUGCAAAUCCAACCCGCCCCACCCUUCUGAGCUCGACGAGGCUAUUCAGAUUGUUCGAGAGUUGAUCAACGAUUCUAUUCUUGUGCCGUUUCUCGAGUCCGUCGUCCCCGCCACGAUCAGCUCCCAGGAAGAAGCCCUAGACCUGAGGCAAGGACGCUCGCGGCUACGGACUCCUCGAGAUCCUAUUACUAGCGACGAAGCGAGUCAGUCCCCGAGAGCCCCCUAUCUCCCGCUCUUCAUGAUGGGCCGCGGAAGUGGGACCAGCCACUAUUCAACUUCCGCUUCGAUGGAAAUGGUAGACGGCGACCUGAUUACCGAUGACAGCAGCAGCCCAAACUCUACCUCCGGGGCCGAGCCCAUGACGCCACCCACUACGCCGCCGAUGUCGGACUUCUCGUAUCACACCUCCCCUAACGCCUUACAGAAAGCAGUCUCCGGCAAUAGUUGGAAGAAGAUGGGAGCCAAGUUGGGACUAACUAGGAAGAACAAGUCUUCCCGUCGAACCGGCUCGACGCCGAUGCAGUCGGAACCUAGCCCGCGCUCCACCGCCGGACAAGCCAGCUAUCCUCCUCCCUUAUGAGGGUUACAGGUCACACCAUCACUGGACGUCUCCACGACUACGGACAACGGCAACUCGGUGCAGAAGCACCAGACCGUUGCCCUGGUCAAGAUGUCUUGGGAGGAUCCACACCCCGGCGAGCGGUUAAUGAUCCCGCUCGCGGUGUCUGCUGGAUUGCACAUCUAUCCCUCGACCAUCAAUGGAGACCUCCCGGGUGGCGUGACCGCAAAAGCGCGUGGCGCACGCCGGGACGGCAGUCCCUGCAUAAACCAGCGAGGCAUUCGCGGUCGUC